UUUUGUAUAGAUCCAAAAAUACUCACCUUCUCAAGCUUAGGAAACGUCGUCUAUUUUACUGCCCUCUUGUUUGUUUAUUCCCAGAAGCUGGCUAUGUACCCAUCUGCAGCCAUGUUCACUAAGCGCCAACUGAACCUCUCAUUAUCACUUGUUUUCUUUCUAUGGGCAGUUAUUUCUGCUCUUGGCCAGGCUUUGCUGGGCUGUGAUCCGGCCUCUCCAGAAGCUUCCGGCUACCGCUGCCAUGGAAAUGGGUCGCCGGAUCAGUGCCGGACGUUCGCCGUCCUUCGUGCCAAUUCUUACUAUUCCUCUCUUCUAAAUCUGACUUCUUUCUUUGGGAUUGAUCGGCUGGCCCUGCAACAAGCCAAUAGUUUCAGUGAUGGAACAGAGUCUCUUCCCAUAGACCGGCCUCUGUUGAUCCCACUCGACUGUAAAUGCGAUGGCGCUUUCUUCCAUGCGGUGCUGAGGAGAACCGCCAUUGAAGGAGAGAGCUUCCAUGGCAUCGCUGAGUCUUUGGAGGGCUUAACAAGCUGUAAAUCUAUCCAAGAGAAGAACCCCGGUGUCCAGGCCUGGAAUCUCAGGGACAAGCUCCAGUUACUGAUCCCACUAGCAUGCGCCUGCCCGGAUUCGUCGCAGACAAAGCUUCUCCUCUCUUACCCUGUAACUCGAGGCGACACCAUUUUCGGCUUGGCCUUGAAGUUCAAUGUCACUCCUGAGAGUAUCAUCGCUGUAAAUAACAGAUCAGGAACAAGUUUCAAGCCGGAAAACUUGUUACCCUUUUCUACCGUUUUGAUUCCGGCCAAGGGCAGGCCUGUUUUCAGUCCACCGGCAAUACCCAAUUUGGGAUUGCUUUAUCCACACAAGAGAAAGCCCAAAAUGUGGAAAGUUGGAGUUUAUAUUGGCGUUAGCGGCCUUGUGUUUGGAGCUGGAAUUGCCACUGCGGCAGCCUUCUUGGUGAUUCAGAGGAGGAAGAAGAAGCAGAUGAGGAAGAUGGCGGAUUUGGAGCUGCAACAGCUCGGACUAAGCAUUCGAACCACGAGCGAGAAGAAGGUGUCGUUUGAUCAGGGAUCGCAAGACACGCUGGAUGGCCGGAUAGUCGACUCCACGCCCCACAAGAUGGUGCUAGAAGCAUACACCAUUGAGGAGCUGAGGAAGGCGACUGAGGACUUCAGCUCGAGCAAUCUCAUCGAGGGAUUGGUUUUCCAUGGCCGUCUUAAUGGAAAGAACUUGGCAAUCAAACGCACGCAAAGGGAGACUCUUUCGAAAGUCGACUUCAGCCUCUUCCAGGAUGCGACUCAUCACCAUCCCAACAUAAUUAGACUGAUGGGGACUUGCUCGAGAGAGGUCUCCAAUUCGUUCCUGGUUUUUGAGUACGCCAAGAACGGGUCCUUGAAGGACUGGCUCCAUGGCGGAUUGGCAAUGAAGAGCCAAUUCAUAGCAUCCUGUUAUUGCUUCUUGAAUUGGAACCAGAGGCUGAGAAUCUGCCUUGAUGUGGCUACGGCCUUGCAGUACAUGCACCACAUAAUGAUCCCAAGCUACGUUCACAGAAACAUCAGAAGCCGAAACAUUUUCUUGGACGAAGAAUUCAAUGCCAAAGUGGGCAAUUUCGGCAUGGCAGCCUGCGUUGAAGAUCUUACAGAAAACCAGCCUCUAUCUUGGAAUAAGGGGUACCUGGCUCCAGAGUAUCUGCAAAAGGGUAUAGUUUCCCGCAGCCUCGACAUUUUUGCUUAUGGAGUGAUGGUCCUUGAGGUGUUAUCCGGGAAAACAGCCAUAACCAGGGGGAACGAGGAAAGAGAAGACAGCGUUUGGCUGUCCCAGAAAAUCAAGUCCAUUCUGGAAUCAGAAAAUGCAGAGGAUCUAAGGGGUUGGAUGGACAAUGCACUGGGCGAGAAGUAUUCGUUUGAUGCGGCUGUUACAUUGGCUAAUCUGGCUAGAGCCUGUGUAGACGAUGAUCCGGCUUUGAGGCCUAGCGCCGGAGAAAUCAUGGAGAAAGUGUCGAGAUUGGUUGAAGAGUUGCCGGAGGGAGAGCCGUCGACUUCCAUUUGUGAGAGCUCCUCUAAACCGCUGGUCCAGGCCGCUAGAAAUUAAAUUUAAGCAGCCAAACAGUGCCAAGGAUUUCGUUCAUGGUAUCAUCUGUGUAACUAAUUAAGAACCCUGUUCCAUAGCAUGUUUCUACUUCCUACUAGUGUAAUUCUGUACCAAAAUAACGAAUAUAUGAUACGUCUACUGGCUAUUUUGUG